AUGUCAUUUGACCUUGAAAGUUGUGAAGCUAGUGAGUCCUCGGGUUGCUCCAUCGAUGACAAACUUCCUAGCAAAAAUUGUCUGAUUCGUGGAAAAGAGGGAGUCUACGCCGUGGGGCGGAAAAUUUCGCAAGGCCGCUAUGGCGCCGUUUAUGAAGUAUUGAGGCGAUCUGAUGGAAAACCAUUCGCAUGUAAACUCGAGAUUUGUGAAGCCUACUCUCAUGGAUUAGAUCAAGAUUACAGCGUAAUGAAUAAAGUAGCGAAAAAAGAUGCUCGAAAUCUAGUGAGGAUGAUUGAUCGGGGUAAAAUUGAAGAUCAUUUCAAAUUCAUCAUAAUGCCACUUCUUGGCGAAAAUCUGAUGAAUUUGAGGUUCAUGUUUGAAGAUGGCCGCUUUUCACUUUCAACAGGAUUGAGAUUAGCUUUACUGGCUAUUGCCCCAAUCCAGCAACUACAUAGUAUUGGAUAUGUGCACAGAGAUAUUAAGGCGUCCAAUUUCUGUUUAACUGUUAGCAAUUUAAAUGCACCGCCGGAAACAAUUGACCUCAUUCUAGUAGAUUACGGUAUUUGUAGGUCAUUUAAGGACAAAAACGGGGAUCUAAAACCACCGAGGAGCGACGUGAAUUUUCGGGGAACAAAUCGGUAUGCCUCUUUGGCUGCUCACUACGGCGAGGAGCAGUCCCCCAAAGACGAUUUGGAAUCAUGGUUCUACAUGAUGAUUGAACUUAUAUCCGGCCAUCUACCUUGGACGUACUUACAUCGUGAUCAAACUAAAGAAACUGCUGCGAUGAAAGAACACUGUAAAAACGGCGAAGGCUUCCACGCGAUGAUGAAAUAUUGCCCAAAGGUCGAGUUCCGGCGCAUUCAAACAUAUCUCAAUGGUUUAACGUAUCAAAGCAGUGUCGAUUACACGUUUAUCACGGAAAUGGUGCAGUUGGCAAUGAGGAACAAUGCAGUGAAAAUGAAUGAAAAAUUCGAUUGGCAAGAAUAA